UCUCUUGGCACAUCCUCGCUUAUUUUGCAGUGAAGUCCCAAUGCCAAACCUGUGACAGCACGAUCACUUCUGUGACUACAAUUGUGAUGCCAUAAAUAGGACUGUGACCUCACUAAAGGAUCUUAGAGAAGAUGUAGUAAGGCUCUCGGAGGCCCUUAUUCAAACAGGAAUAUCUAUGAUUACAGCCAAGUGAACCCAGGAGAUGUCUAGCCAUUCAUGUAUAAUUGUUCUCUUUUUCUUCAGGUUUGUUCACAUAACAUGAGAGGCAGUAUAGUCCAAUGGAGAAGGCAUUGGACUUGGUUGGAGUUAAGAAAUUUAGGUUCUAAGCUUGGCUGUCUCAUCAACCUGCUGCAUGAUCUUAGAUUAUGGGCUCAAUCCUGGAGUCCUUACUCAGGCAAUUCUCCCAGUGGAUGUCAGCACAGACAUAGGCUGUGGCUUUGUGAAUGCAACAAGGGCCAAAAAGCUGCUGCACAAUUUAAACAAAUGUUUAAAGCAGACAUGUCUAGCCUGGAAGAAAUUUGUGGGGGACUUCCACUACAACCCCUGCCGGAAAACAGAGGGCGAACGAAAGGAGUACCUCACGCGCCUGUGAGAACCCCCAACCUCACCGCUCAGGAAGAAAAGCUGGCUUUGCAAAAUGCCUUGCGUUAUUUCCCACCCGAAGUCCAUAAAGAGCUGGCGCUGGAAUUUGCAGAAGAGCUCAAGCUGUAUGGCCACAUAUACAUGUACAGAUUCUGCCCAGAAAUUGAGAUGAGUUUGGCUGUGACUACAAGACAUUUUCCUCUUUAUCCUACAGAAUACAGAGCUUACCCCAUAGAGGAAUAUCCUUGCAAAAUCAAAUCAGCUGCUGCAAUAAUGCACAUGAUCAUGAAUAAUCUGGAUCCCUCAGUGGCCCAGUUUCCCCAGGAGCUUGUAACUUACGGAGGAAAUGGACAAGUCUUCAGCAACUGGGCUCAGUUCUGGUUGGUGAUGUACUAUUUGUCUGAGAUGACCGAAGAGCAAACUUUAGUGAUGUACAGUGGUCAUCCUUUGGGCCUCUUCCCCAGCCCUUGGUAUGCACCUCGACUAAUCAUCACCAAUGGCAUGGUUAUUUCCAACUAUUCCUCCAGAGAUGAAUAUGAGAAAAUGUUUGCAAUGGGAGUUACAAUGUAUGGACAGAUGACGGCAGGGAGCUAUUGCUACAUUGGACCACAGGGAAUUGUCCAUGGAACUGUGCUAACAGUGCUGAAUGCCGGUCGUCGCUACUUGGGCAUGGAGGACCUGGCUGGGAGGGUGUUUGUCACCUCUGGUCUUGGAGGGAUGAGUGGUGCUCAAGCUAAAGCUGCAGUCAUUGCUGGAUGUGUGGGGAUCAUUGCUGAGGUUGAUGAAGCUGCACUUUUGAAACGUUACAGGCAAGGUUGGCUGAUGGAAAUCACUGAUAGCCUGGACCACUGCAUUGCUCGGCUCAGAGAUGCAAGAGAGAAUAAAAUUUCCCUCAGUUUGGGCUACCAUGGGAAUGUGGUAGAUCUGUGGGAGAGGCUUGUCUAUGAACUUGAUACAACAGGAGAACAGCUAGUUGAUCUUGGAUCUGACCAAACCUCCUGUCACAAUCCGUUCAGUGGAGGGUACUACCCCGUGCAGCUCAGCUUUGAGGAGGCAAACCAGCUCAUGUCUACCAAUCCAGGGAGGUUCCGUACCCUUGUGCAAGAAAGUCUGAGGAGACAAGUGGCUGCUAUAAACAGGCUGUCUGAUAAGGGCAUGUUUUUUUGGGACUAUGGCAAUGCUUUUCUCUUGGAAGCUCAGAGGGCCGGUGCUGAUGUUGAGAAAAGAGGAGCCAAUAAAAUUGAAUUCCGAUACCCUUCCUAUGUUCAGCACAUUAUGGGAGAUAUUUUUUCGCUGGGAUUUGGACCGUUCCGUUGGGUUUGUACUUCAGGUGACCCACAGGAUCUGGCUACCACUGACUUAAUCGCCACAUCGGUGCUCGAAGAUGCUAUACAUCAGGGAGUCAGUGCAUCUGUGAAGCAGCAAUACCAAGACAAUAUCCGCUGGAUUCGGGAAGCCGGGAAGCACAGCUUGGUAGUUGGCUCCCAAGCUAGAAUCUUGUACUCUGAUCAGAAGGGUCGUGUGGCUAUUGCGGUGGCUAUUAAUCGAGCCAUUGCUGAAAAAAGGAUUAAGGCACCGGUUGUCCUGAGUCGAGAUCACCACGAUGUGAGUGGCACCGACAGUCCUUACAGAGAGACCUCAAACAUUUAUGAUGGGUCAGCCUUUUGUGCAGAUAUGGCGGUACAGAAUUUUGUAGGAGAUGCAGUUAGAGGAGCCACUUGGGUUUCCUUACACAAUGGUGGUGGAGUUGGCUGGGCAUAGGAUGAUCACCACUUACAAUCUGGAAAAAAGUCCUUCCUUCUACCUGGGCACACAUGAGUGUGUUGUUAGAGCUUCAUGCCUUCUCAUGUUAAACAAUGCCAGAAAAAAAUAUACUAAACUAAAUCAUGGCUCUUCAACCUAGGCCUGGAUCCAGCAAAGCACUUUAACAUGUGAGAAAUCCCACUGACUCCAGCUGGACUGCUCAAGAGCUUAAAAUUAAGCACAUGCUUAAGUGCGUUGCCGGAUGGGACUCUACGUACUGUGAUGAUGGGUGCUCUGUAAAUGUUGCAGUAGAGAGACAGAUUGUUCUGGUAUGAUACAGCAGUUUGUUACAGCUUUUCUAUUAUUGUUAGGGGGCUGCAUUCUGUUUUCAGUUACACCAAUGUAAAUCUGGAGUCACUCCAUUAACUGCAAUGUCAGGUUCACACUGGUGUAGCUUCAAGCAGAAUUUAAGCCUUGGCUGUUUGUUUAGGCAUCCUUUGGCUCUUUUAUUAGAAGCAGAAAAUUUAGUUUUUAACAGUGUUUAAAAAUAGUUUCCCUCAAAAAAUUGUCCUCUUUCCAUGAAUCUCCAUGUUCAUGGCAUGAGCUUCCAGCAAACACAGCUAGAGGGAGGUAUUUAGGGCCAACUGGUCCCAUCUGCAAACAACGUACUGCAAAACUUGUACACUUGAAUAUUCUGGGUGUACAGUUGUUACAUAAAUCUACUGGGUUUAUUAUUGAUUAUUAAUAACACAAAUAAAAUUACAUCAUCAUCCAUACCGUUAAGUUUGGCUUGCCUUACUCACCCAAGCAGUCCCAUGAGUGAGGUGAGGAGCUGUAGGGCAUUAAAUGUCACAGCAUUUUCUGAUUGACCCUCUAGUACACAAGUUUAAGGUGGUUGUCGGUAGUAUAGGGAUGUCUGAUCCAGGAUUUCAAAUCUGUGCAAGAAAAAUGAUAAUACUGCAGUACUGCCACUUGUUUUUCCCAAGCUCUGUCUGACAUUUCACUAAAUGUCCCUUUUCCCUCUAGGCCACUGCAGUAGGCUGCUAGCUUAGAUGAAAUCUCAGUCAAGCACAUGACUUUAAGGGCAGGAAAGUGUAUUGCCAUAGGAAAUGCUGAUCACCGAGACCGCAAGUCUCACAUAUGCCAGCAAGUUUGGAAACUACAGCUAAAAAUGUAGUUGUGAGGGGCAUGAAGUUACUGAGGCUUCGGCUGGUUGCAUUGUCUCUGGGAUAUUGUCCAGUGGAACAGGAUGUUGCUGAAAGAGGCACAAUUUUUGCUGUUAAAUGUUGUAAAGAACCCACUCUCCUUCCAAUAUGUUACAGAACAGCUGUACAGAGAACCAGAAUUAAAGAGCUUGCAACAGAUGUUAUUCACAGAGGCACUGACUGUUAUCUGGCCUUGUUAAUUGGAGCUAAAACAAUCUCCCAUCCUGGUUGGUCAGAUCAUUCUGUCUGCAUUAUUAUGACUCUAGUGAUUUCAGUGGAGUUAUUACUGACUUAAAUAAACCUGGAUGAGAUCAGAAUCGGGGCCAUAGUCUUGAGAGAGUCAGACACACAGCGUGAAAUCCUGGCCCUGUUGAAGUCAAUUAGUGUUUUGCCAUUGACUUCAGUAGAGCCAGGAUUUCAUCCAUAAUGUCCGCUAAUUAUAAUGGAGGAUAUGUCUCUAAAUCCCCUAAACUACUCUGAUAAUCUCAACCGUAGGCUGUAGAGAUGGAAAACAACUAGAUCCUGAGUGAAUAAUUCAUAAUGAGUCAUUUCUGUGCUGAAUUUAGCCUUUUUCAUCAGCUGCUGGAAAAUCUGCCAAAAGAUCACUAUGUCCAUGAAUGUAUUUGUUAUUUAAAUGUAUUUGAUUAAUAUCUUAAGGAAUUGUUUAUUCUAUGCAUUGAUUGUGACUGUUCAAAAUUCAAAUGCUGGAAAAGACUAUCCAGUCCAGUAGUUCCCAAUUUUUUUCUGCAAAUGACCCCUUUGGCAUCUGACUAAAGGCAUUGGACCCCUUUCAUUUUUUAUACAUCAGUUUCAUGUUGUUAUAGGGCCUUUACACUUCAUUUUUAUCUGUAUUUCUGUUUCUCCUAAAUGAGGGUAUUACUUUCCUGUAUUGUAUAAGUGACGCAAGUCUUGACAUCUGUGGCAAAAAAAGUACUUCUAAACUCACACAGGGAGGAUGUGGUCCUGAAGGGUACUAUUGGAAUGCCUCUGCCAGCCUGGGAAUACCUCCACCAGUGUGACCUCUCACACUGUUUGGAGGACACCAUUUUGAGAACAAAAUGGCAUCCUCUGUGCAGCAAAAGUGCAGAACACUGUUCUGGGCCUGACUCAAGGGACAGACCCCUAUAUAACCCAUGGUGGACCCCACUUUGGGAAUCUAGUCCUACUUUUGCUUGAAAAGCGCAUGGGCCAGAUUGGGAUCUCAAUUACACUAAUGUAAAUCUGGAGUAACUCCACUGGCUUAAGUGGAUUUACACCAGUGAGUAGGAUCUGUGUCAGAAUGUAAUACAAAGGGGGUGCUUGAAAAAUUAAUCAGAAAAUUAGCAAAUGGAACUUUACGGGAAUCCAAAUACUCAUGGAAAGGCAGGUACUGGUAACCCAGCCUACCAAUUGCCCUGGAUGAUUUGGGGUUGGGUAUUUGGUACAGUACCUGACUGGCUCAUUCUUGCUCACUUUACUCAUGGG